AUAUUUUUGAGUGUUGAUAGUGAUACGAUAGUCUUGGAGCGUCUUUUGUUGCGCACGCGCGUAUUUUUAGUAAACUUUGUGUGAACUGUGAGGGUGUUGACCGAUUUGUGCUUAUUAACCACAAGCAACAACAUAUUUGAGAAAUAAUUAAAUAUUUUAUUAAUUUAACGUCAACUGGAGAAGUUUGAAACCAUAACGUAAUUGCUGAUUACGCAUAGGAGGCCGCCUUAUUAUCGACACUUAUCGGGAUGUGAUCAAGAUGGACCAAGAGUUAGUCCCUUUAGAAGCUGGUGUGCCAAGACCUAGACCAGCUCGACAAGCAAGCGUUCCCAAUCGAUCCUGUUACAAGGGUCCCAUAAGAUUAUGCAGGCUGCUAAUUUUAAUGAUUGUGCUUCCAUCUAUAUGUAUCUUCACUCCACUAUAUAUGAAGUAUCGUGUCUUCUCCGGCCAAAUGUAUCCUAUGAGCAUGACAGAUAUGCGGCUCAUUGAUGGCAAGAUAUCACCUACUUGGUGCCAGACACAAGUGGUAAAAUCGAAUGCUACAUUCAACGCGUUCGUAGUCCCAGAUUUUCCAGAGUUGACUGAAGACUUAGUUCCUGUCUCAAUGACACGACAGCUUGAACUGGAGGAUGAUAUGAAGGAGUACUGGGGAUUUUACCUGCUGAAGGGAUCUACUGUGACUGUAUCAGCCUGUUGCAGAUGGCCAGGUGCAUCACUAAUAAUGAUAAAAGGCUACAAACACCUGCAGGAGUGCGCGUACAUUGGCGACGACUCGUCUGAAGAACUGGACGAACUACUAGAAGCACAUCAGCUAGGCCUCAUGAACAAUGCCACGCUCUGGGAAAAGAUUAUGCAGCUGAAAAAAGAAGAUGGAAAAGCUAAUGAUCCUGAAGCAAUGAAGCGCCACAAGGCUGGUGUGAGUUUUCACGAUCCUUCCCACGUCAGUAACGUUACAUCAUCUGCAGAGGUCCCAGACAUCGAUGUUACUGACCACGAUCCUAAAGAAUUACGAGCAAUACUGGAGCACCUACAUGCACUACGUCAGGCGGCAAAGAACGAAGAGCUAAAACACUAUCGUCCACCACCACACCUUAUGUCUCUUCCUAGCUUACAUCGUCAUAGAGACACCAAUGUAGAUAAGGAUGAAAGACAAUGGAUCUCUUUUAAAGAUAUUGAUGGGAACUCAAGUAUCUCAGCGACAGAAAAGACUGAAUUAGAUAUUAGUAUUAUUAACAGUUCACACGUUAAUAGCAAUCUAAAUAGCACCGCAGAUUAUAGUAUUAUAAAAAAUACAACUCAAAUAAAAAAUGAUAGCAUAGAUACCGAAACUAUGAAAGUUAAUAAUUCUAAAGAAAUAUCAAAUGAUGUAGAUAAAAUGAACGAUAAACAAAAAGAAUCCGAGAAUGACGCAGAGAGCUCGAAGGAAGUGUUCCUCGAAGUGCUAAAUCGUCUUCAAGCGCUUGGAGAUAGGGGAAAGAGAGUUCUCGUGAGGCUACACGAAAGUAUGGGAGUAGGAUAUAAAGAUAAGGAUACGCCAGACGUGACUCAAGUGAUGUCAGCGGUGAGAGGAAGUGACGAAGAACUAGAACGUCUCCGGAAGGUGCUGGUAGAAGCCAUCGAUGAGGAGAAGACCAGACCUCAAAGACAGGAAAAACGUCGUGUCGCUCGUGAAGACGCAAGAACUAAACGCCAGCUGAUGCUGGGCCAUAUAGAACUUACCCAGCAGUUCAAUGCAGACGAUGAAGCUAGGGACUAUGCAGCUGAAGAGGGUUUGUCUCCAGAUGGCUACGCAGAGCAUCAUCAGACAGUGAACGAAACGACACCAUUUGACAUGUCCAAUUCCGAAUUUUGGUCCUCAUUCUCGAGUAGUGAAGAAGCUUUAUUGGAAUGUGAAGGUCUGAUUCUUAAUCUUCCGCUAACACCUCAUCGUGAGUGCCAUGAUGGAGCUGACACAUUAGUUGCAGCUAGGGCUAAUGCGCUGACUUACAGAGUCCCAGCGAACGGCUAUUACUUCUUCGUAUUUAAUUCAGAGAAUGAAGUCCAAAAAAACUUCAUCAAGGCUCGCUUCGACCUUCAGAAGACCAGAUAUGAUGUCGCCAGGACCACGCUCAGGGAGUGCAGGAAUAAGACUGAUAGAUGUGAUCUUCCACUUGAUAUAUUUUCCUCACAAAAGGUAGUCCUUGAGCUGCCCCUUCGAAACAAUGACUCCCUUUGGAACGAACAAUUCGUGAUUAUAUCGGAAUGUGAGCCCCGGACUUCGGUCUACCUUGUGUGCGUACUUGCUGUACCUGUGCUUAUUAUGAUAUUUGCAUUUCAAUGAUAUGUAUAAGAGAAUAUUAAUAUUUUCUACAAGAAACCAACCUUGGAGUUGGUUUAAACGAUCUAUGAUCGAGAAUAAAUGAAGAGGCGGACUAAUGUCCGGUACAAAAUGAAACCAGAGUUUAAAUAUUUUCACUCCCGUUGAAUUCAUGUUAUCAUGUGUUCGUUUCAAAUGUUAUAUGGGAGAAAAUAAAGAAUUAUUAUCAAAGGUCUUUAAACAUAAAUAAUAUGUGUCUACCCCAUGACCCAAUACAGGAUUUUUUCGAGAAUAGUAACUUAUACUCCAUAUGCGUAGACCACGGAGGUGAAAACCUGGGACUUAUUUUAUAUUGUUAAUUGUUAUAUUGAUUUGUAUUUCUUGUAUCUUACUUUUAGUAAUAAUAAAAUGUUGUAUUACUAUAAUUCUCGCAAUAAAGGUUAGUGAGGCUAGGAAUUUUUAGUAGAAUAGUAAAAUAAUGUUAAAGUGGUUAUAACUUUUUGAUAUUUCAAAACUGUCAUUCGUGCUGGAAAAAGGUUCAUUAUUGAUAUAUAUAAAAUAUAAAAGUGGUGCUACAACAGGUCUGGACCUCAGAUUUCUGUACCUACGACCUCAAGGAUAUGAGACGCACGCUAAAGCCAUUAGGCCAACACUGCUCUGUUACAUUUGUAUAAUUUAAUUCCAUAUUAAAUUAUUUAAUAACUAUAUACCUAGUAACAGUAACAUAAAUAUGUUAGCGCUAUAUACAAAUUCUGCGUAUUGCUAUUUAUACUGCUUAAAUAAAUAGAAUACUGGUUUUAUUCAUCAUUCA